AUGAGUGAUUCAAUGGGUAACACUUAAUCUUUAGAUAAACACAUCAUUGAAUCCUCAUUUUCUUUGAUAAAGACGACCUAUUCGAUAAGGAACAAUUGUAUUGGUAGAUUAGAAACAAAAUUUUAUGUACUAUUCGAAAUAAAUUAAAAUAGCAAACCCUCUCUUGAUCAAUCUCAAAAAGAAUAAGUGGAAGACAGGAAAUUGAGAUAACAGCCUAAUUUUGGAUUGAAAUCUAAAAUUCUAAUAGGAGUGAUGGUAUAAUAUAAAAUUAAUGUUGACACUUGCCUUUGA